AUGACUAUAACACUACUUUGGUUACUAUGGCUGCAGUCUCCAAUAAAAUGUGGACCCAUACCAUGUCCUCUGUCAAAAAAUAUUGCACGGUAUGGUCCUAAUGGUGAAAUAGUGGACUGUUUUAGUUGUCCAAACUGUCCCAUUGGACAAGGAUUGUCAGUUCCUUGUGGAUCCAAGGUGUCAAAUAACUCAAAAAUUGAGUGUGUAUUUUGUGAGCCCAACAAAACUUACUCUGAUGACCAUGGAAAAGGACACUGCAAAACAUGUCAAGAUUGUGGUGUUAGGAAUGUGAUUCAGGAAUGCACAAUCAACCAGAACCGUGAGUGUGGGAAAACAUGUCCUAAAGGGUAUGAUUUUGAUAAUACAUUUGAUGACUGUGUGGAAGAGCCAGAAUCAGAGAUGUCCACAGCUAUUUCAACACAUUCCACAAAAACUGUUAAACUGGAAACCAGUGGCAAAGAAACAACUGAAACACCAUAUAAAAGAGAAGCUCAUGAUGUUACCACUACUGCCUCAAGUAAUUCUAUCAAUAUAAACAGCAGUCAGCCAAAAUUUCCAUCAACAGGUGUUGAUAAUACCCCUUCACAAGGGACAUCACUGAAGGGAACUAAUAACUCUCCAUAUGUGUGGUCAACAAAGGAAGUUCAGCUUCAACAGGACCAAAAAGCACUUUUAAUAGCUAUCUGUGUGUUAGCUGUUACAGUAGUGAUUGUUGUGACUAUCAUAGUGCUGGUGAUUGUCUGCAAGAAAGGGCAAGAUCACAGCACUUCAAAGAGAGAUGGAGAGCCAACAGAUAUUGCAGAGGAAAAUAUUCCACUGACUGAUAUUGAUGAAAGUGAGGGUUCAUCACGAGCCACAAUUAGUAGCUCUUCAACACAAGAGGAUUUGCGUGAUCCUGCUCUUGAAGAUAAUGCCACAGAACCUCUUUUAACACUGGCAUCAGUGGACAUUCCUACAGAUAACAACAUAUCAAGAAAUGAGGUGUCUUCUCAUGCCAGUGAUGCUCAAGGGGAGGAUGACAUGAAUGUAGAAAAUAUUCCUGCAGAUGUUCUUGUCUCUGGUAUGGAAAUGUUUUGUGAUAAGAAUGGUAACUUGUUCAAUUAUGUUCAAAAAAAACUUGAUGCCCUGGAGUCCCAUACUCACAAAACAUGGCGCAGCAUUGGAAGAGAGCUGAUGGUUAAUCCUGAUACUUUAAACUUGAUAGAAGCUGACAGAAGAAGUCCCACAGCAUGUCUACUUGAAACAUUAAAAACUUCUACAAAGGAGCCUACAAUGAGGGAAUUUGUUCAAGCCCUCAAAAAUUGUGGAAGAAAUGACAUUGCAAAAUACAUCUGCAACAGGCCAUGGGCCUCAACAGAACAUUAAGGGAGAAAGGAAAGAAUACGUGAUAUUUAUCUCAAAUAGUAUUUUUGAAUGAUAAUGAAUUUUUUACAGUCGUGCACCUAGUUUCUCCCUCAAUAGCAUCAGAACCAAUCAAAAUAUUUCGAACAAAAUCCUCAGACAGAACAAGACAGGGGAAAGUGAGAAAAAUUCUGAGAAUCUGAAUGAAGGCAUGAUUGCAUUAUGCUUUAAGUGCAGUAGACAAAUGGUUUCUUACAAAAUAGACUCGGACAGGGAUGAACAAGUUGAGGGAUAAUUAAUUUUAUUAGACGUAGUGUGGCCACUAUAAGCCAAUUGUAUCCCAGGGUUCAAAGAUGAAGUUCUCUAUGGAAGCUUCUGGCAGCUUGUGGCUAUAAGCACACUAGCUAUAGUUGGCUACCACAAUGCUGGUAAAAUUGUUACAUACAUGUACACUUUUAUACAUUUGACCUUUAAAGGCUCAUAGGACAAACAGAAGCAUACUCAUUUGAGUUUCAACUCAAAAUCCUCUAACAGAUGCAAAACUCCAGUAAAGCAAAAAAGAGUAACAAGCAAAAAACCCACAUACAAUGCAUGCACAAUACAAUGGGAAUUUCUGUACCCAGAAGAAUAGUAUUGUUGAUAAAAUAUUGAUGUUUCUAUGCAUGAAGUUAUUGUGUACGUUUUGUGAAGCAGUUUAACUUAAAACACAAGUACGUAAUUGCUUAAUAUAGCUAUUACAGCAUAUAAGUGAGUAUGACUUUACUUAACAAGAUGCUAACUGGGAUAAAUUAACAAGCAUCUUUACAACAAAGAUUGUAAAAUUUGCAGUUUUUAUGCGGUCUUUUAUUUUUAUUUCCUAAGGAUGGAGUAAUGGCAGCAAAUUCAGCAUUCAUAUUGGUGUACAAAAUAUUUGACAGUUGCUGUGGCAACAACAGAAAUGAGAUUAUGACGUGGCAUGGUUUACUAAAUUAGUCAGGGCAGACUGGAGCUGCAUUAAACCAAUUCAAGUUAAACAUAUAUUUAAAGAAAACAAUAUAUGUAUCUCAAAUAGUAUUUUUGAAUGAUAUCUUAAUUUUGUUAAACCAUGAACCUUUCUGGUAUUUUGUUCUGAAAAAUGGUAUGGUAUAGAUAAUUUAAUUGAUACAUAACUAAUGCCUUAAGAUUAAGAACUACACAUUAGAGAAAAAGUGUUUGGGUUAACUUUUGGCAUCAAAAGCUGUCUUUCUGAUUUAAUUGAUGAGUGUGAAUUAAUGAGAGGUGGUAAUUAAUGAGAAUUUCUGACCUUUAUUUUUACUUAAAAUGUACUUUAUUAGGGAUUUGUAUCAUGCAAUCUUCUUUGUUUAAUUUUUUAAAUGCUUACUUGAAAAUCACUCUUAAAUUUAAUAAGCUAUGGGAUAAUAAUUUAAAGCUAUAUGAAAAUUAUUUAAUGCUAGGAACUUUUCAACAUUUAGUGAAGAAAUGAUGUUUCCACUGUGACUCAUUACAUGUCUUUUACACUGCUUAUUAAUGUCCAGGAUUGUUUACAAGACACCAAGGGAAAAAAAAGACGAUUAAUGCAAGGUUAAGAUUUUAACAGUGUUACAAGAAUUAGAGAACAUGAUUUGAUUGGGUGAAAGCUGACUGAAUAUUAUUUGUCAUCACUGGCUUUCAAAGGUGUAUUUUGGACCUCUUAAACCUUUCAAAAUUUCAUUCUGUUCCAUGAUCUUUCCCUACGAAACAAGGUUAGGAGGGUGAAGCAAAAUAGGACGUCCAUGUGAGCAAAACUCUAAUUGGAGAAUUGGUAAUUUCCAGGCUGCCUCCUAAUAAAAUUCUGAGAGGGAUGGGAGUGACAUAGACUAGCAAGCACAGAACCAUGCAAUUGGUUCUGUAUUACAGAUUUUGAUUUAUCUUUGUAUUCAGGUAUCAUUUAGUGAAGUGUAAAUAGGUUUAGUCUUAAUUCUUCAGAGCAAGAAAGGUUCUCUUACAAAUUA